UUCGAUUGCAGAGUGCUGGUGAAUGAAGGCACAAGGAACACAUACGGAGGGCGACGACGCCCUUGAGGCUUGAACGGGGAAAAUAUGGUGCACGAGGGCACGGGUCUAUGGCACGCGGCGGGAUUCAACGUAUCGAAGUGGCUGAUGAUCAUAAUACAUGGAUACCGGGUCACCACUCUCGUCCUGUACAUCCUGCUCAACGUACUGGUGCGCACCGAGUAUCCUACAGCAGUGACGGCUGAAAUAGUUGAUGUUAACAUGAACUCGUUGGACGGCACGACGGGAAAGCCAUUAGAUGUCGAUCUGCCACCAACCCUGCCGAUGACUUUCGGUACGGAAAAUUCAACAUCGGUUUCAGCUCAAUCAGGAUCCACAGCCCUAAUGCCUUGUGUUGUCCACAAUCUAGGAGAAGGCACGGUGUCGUGGAUCAAGCGAAAGAACUUAUUGUUACACGAACUAUUGACCGUAGGACUAACGACAUACGCCAAUGAUGAACGGUUUCAGGCAAUUCAUUUCCACCAUAGCGAAGAUUGGACGCUUCAAAUAAAAUACGUCCAACCAAGGGAUGCCGGAUUGUAUGAAUGCCAAGUGUCCACCCAUCCGCCCACGAGUAUAUUUCUGCUCCUUGACGUCGUCGAAGCAAGAGCGGAGAUAGUCGGCCCGGUGGAGAAAUUUGUGAGGCCUGGUAGCACAUUGCAACUUCAUUGCCUGGUAAAGAAGUCCACGGAAAUACCGUCAUAUCUUUUCUGGUAUCACAACUUCCGUAUGAUUAAUUACGACGUUGAUCAAGGUGUCAACGUUAGCACUGAUCUCGUUGGUCGGGAAAGCUGGUUGGAGGUACCAAAAGCGUCGGAUCGUCAUUCGGGCAACUAUACUUGCGAGGCUAGUAAUGCCCAGCCGGCGCGCGUCUUGGUGCAUGUUUUCAAGGGUGACAAUCCGGCUGCCAUGCAACAUAGCAUGGCGUCAUCGCCGUCAAUGAUGGCCUGCACCGCGUUACUCAUCAUGUUCGUCACGCUCAAGCUAGCUCUGCAGACAAACUGGAGUUUAUGA